CGUUACCGCGUUCCGUUUCAGUGCCUGCGCAUGGCUCCCGCCACAGUGGACACCGUGCUGGACAAGCUGUCCCGAUGCCACGUGGUCAUCUUCGUGUUCGCCUUUCUCCGAGGCCUUCCUGUCACGUGGAACAUGAUGAUGCCGGUGUUUGUGUCGCCGUCAGCCGUCGAGUUCCGCUGCGCCGAGGCACUCAACGGGACUGUGGCGACAGCCAGCGGCGGCGGCCGCCAAAUAUGGACGAACAGCACGGCUCAAUGUUUCACCUUAGAUGGAACCAAUGCCAGCAAACCAUGCGAAUCCUGGGUCUACGACCGCAGUGUAUACGGCAAAACGGUCACUGAAGAGUGUAACAUGGUAUGCAGCAACAGGUGGAUGGUUUCUUCUUCCCAGAGCAUCUACCUCGCUGGUGUGGUUGUCGGAACAGUGGCCGCAUCCCACAUUUCUGACUGGUACGGCCGCAAGAGGACAAUACUGGGUGCAAUAGUGCUCUCAUUGGGUGCGAGUGUCACGACCGCCUUCUCGACCUCAGCCACCAUGUACUACAUCUUGCGGUUCGUUGUGGCCAUGGGAGUCUCCGGAUUCGCGGACGUCAUUUACACUCUGAUCAUGGAGACAGUGUCACCGCGGUUCCGCUACAUGCCCACAAUGACGUUGGACAAUGGCUGGACGACGGGCAUGUUGCUGCUGCCGUGGCUACACUACCUGACGCGGGAGUGGCGGGCCACCCAGCUGUACGCAGCGCUGCCGCUCGCUCCGCUGCUUGUGCUCGGCUGUUUUUUACCAGAGUCUCCGAGGUGGCUGAUGGCCAUGGGCCGGUUCCCGGCCGCCAAGAAAGUGGUCAUGAAGUUCGCUGGCAACGCCCCUGAGCACGUAAUUGACGACAUAAUCGAGGAGGCCAAGCGCAAGAAGGCUGCGGCUCAAACAUGA